UAAAACGCAAUCGCGCCUCACAAGAAGAAGACGCGUGUUCCGUUUCGCUGUCUCUCUGUCUAAAUUCUAAUUCUACCUCGUGUCCUCUCUUCCUCCUGUAGAAAAAUUCUCCAUGAACAUACUCAACAGGUUCGGUUUAGGAUCAGGCGGGCAAAGAAGCAUGGAUCCUUCUCCGAUCGCCCAGGGAAACGACGAUGACUCUCCGGCGCCGGGAAAUCAAUUUGCGCAAUUCGCCGCCGGAUGUUUCUGGGGCGUGGAGCUGGCGUUCCAGAGGCUUCCAGGGGUGACUCAUACAGAGGUUGGAUACACCCAGGGGAUCACCCACAAUCCUUCGUACGAGGAUGUCUGUUCUGAAACCACGGGACAUGCCGAGGUCGUUAGGGUUCAGUAUGAUCCCAAAGACUGCACCUUUGAGUCUCUCCUUGAUUUGUUCUGGUCUAGGCAUGAUCCCACCACCUUGAAUCGCCAGGGAAAUGAUGUGGGAACCCGAUACCGAUCAGGGAUAUACUUCUACACACCGGAGCAGGAGAAACUAGCCCGCGAGACACUUGAGCGUCACCAGGAAAAAAUGGAGAGGAAGAUCAUGACUGAGAUCUUGCCUGCUAAGAAAUUCUACAGAGCCGAGGAGCAACAGCAGCAGUAUCUGUCCAAGGGUGGAAGGUUCGGCCUCGGGCAGUCCUGUGCCAAAGGCUGCACCGACCCAAUCCGCUGCUACGGCUAAAAAAGCCUGAGCUCCUCUGUUUCUCUCCCAAAACAGAGUGUGCUAGUGACUUUUGUGUAAAAGCUAUGUAACGCAUGUUUAUCGUUUGUACGAUUAUUUGUUGGUGGUGUUUCUCAAACUAUUUGAAUGAAUAAGAGAAUCUUGUGGACAAAAGAAAUAGUCCAACGGA